GAAUUUGUAUGUUGUGUUAUUUUUUUGGAUUAUAUUUGUUCGGAAUUUUUAUUUUAUUUGGAUAUUUUGGAUUCUUUAUUUCUUUUGAUGUUUUGGUUAACAAUUUGUUUGGGUUUUAAGUAUUGGAUUUUUGGAUGUUAUGUUCUAUGGAUUUUUUAUGUUACUUUCUUUUGGUUUUUGGAAAUUAGGAACGCGCUGGAAGUUGGAGCUGGGUAUAUCCCGCCUGAUUACGGCCUGUUCUUUGUGUUUGGAUUGUUAGUUCUUUGGAUUUUAUGGAUGGUUAGUUCUUUGGAUUUUAUGGAUGUUGACCUGUUCUUUGUGUUUGGAUUGUUAGUUCUUUGGAUUUUAUGGAUCGUUAGUUCUUUGGAUUUUAUGGAUGUUGACCUGUUCUUAUUGUUUGAAUGGUUAGUUCUUUGGAUUGGAUGUUAAGUGCGUUGGAUUUUUGGAUUUUGUUCUUUGGAUUUUACGGAUGUUCAGCUCUUUUGGUUAUUAAAUUUUUGGAUCUUUUGGAAUUGGAAAGUAUUUUGUUUAGAAGCGAUGUUAUGGUUAUUCUUUUUUGUUUAGUUGAUUUU